AUGGCUUCUUCUAGCCCCACUUCCCCACUUCCCUCCAACCGCACCUCUGACAUCACUACCAGUCUCUACUGUCCAUAUAUUCGCAGAAUGAUACCAUGCUUCAUCAUCAAACCAUCUAUGACCUAUGAUGAGAUCCUCGAAGGCAUAGAGGCCAGACUCGAACUCCACCGCAUCAAGGACGCCCGAGGCCGCAAGGAUGACCAAGGGGUGUUUUUCUGCGACGUCAACGGUCGUCGACUCCACGAUUCCGAUUUUACCAAUUUUAACUUCAACAACAUCGUCAACGAUAGAGAGCUACUCAUUGGUACUAAGGACACCCCACAUAUUCGCGCGUGCCCAAAGCUAGAGGCAGUGCUCUAUCUUGAAGAUGAUACUGGACUACUACAGAAGUCUGUACAGAACAGUAGCGGGGAGUUACUCAGGCAUCACAUCAGCAACCUGAUGCGCAAGGAUGCUAACAUGGUCCGCCUCGUCAAGCCGCACACCUUCAUCACUGCCAAGAUUGAAGCAUUCGAUAACGCGUCAGGUGGACAAGAAGAGAGCCGCUACUCCCUCACCAAUUCCAAGGCUAUCUUGACAUCCAACUGGUUCUGGGAGGAUCCUAAGCAGCAGUUCUCCGAGAAGGUUAUUGCUCUGAUAGCCAUUCUGAGCGAAGCCACACCUGGUCAUCACGGGAUCCUUAUGGAUUUGAUCAUCAAAGUCAAAGAUGAGCGCAUUAUUAACCCCCCCGAGGGUCUCCCCCAGAACCCAGAUGUUCAAGAGAAGGAUGUGAAGAUUGCUGUUCGCCGCCUGUACAGCAUGGCCCCUGGUGGCAUUGGUUCUGUGUGGCCUGGUGAAAAAGCGCAGGAGGAGAUUGAGCGCAACGAUAUCGACAAGGCAAAGAAGGCAAAGAAGGUCAAGGCACCCGAUGAGGAGGUGGAGGCGUUGCGGAGUCGCCUAGGGGACAACAGUCUGCCAGACACCAUGGUGACUGACGGCAAAGAUGAGCAGCCGGUUGUCCAACCCGGAAAGUGA